CCCGCCCAUCCGCGCCCCGCCCCGGACUACAGCUCCCGGCAGCCCCCGCGGCAGCGCCCCGCGCCCCGCCAUGGCCUCCGCCGGCGGCCCCGAGCCCGAGCGGCCGCACCCCAAACCCUUCCUCAUCGGCGUCAGCGGCGGCACCGCCAGCGGCAAGUCCACCGUCUGCGAGAAGAUCAUGGAGCUGCUGGGGCAGAACGAGGUGGAGCAGCGGCAGCGGCAGGUGCUGAUCCUCAGCCAGGACCGAUUCUACAAGGUGCUGACGCCCGAGCAGAAGGCCAAGGCGCUGAAGGGCCAGUACAACUUCGACCACCCGGAUGCUUUUGAUAACGAUUUGAUGCACACAACCCUGAAAAAUAUUGUUGAGGGCAAAACGGUUGAGGUGCCCACGUACGACUUCGUCACGCAUUCUAGGCUGGCAGAGACGACGGUGGUCUAUCCUGCCGAUGUUGUCCUCUUUGAGGGGAUCCUGGUUUUCUACAACCAAGACAUUCGGGACAUGUUCCAUCUGCGGCUCUUUGUUGAUACAGAUUCUGACGUCCGGCUGUCGCGCAGAGUGCUGCGAGAUAUGAAACGCGGGCGGGACCUUGAGCAGAUCCUCACCCAGUACACCAUGUUUGUCAAGCCUGCCUUUGAGGAGUUCUGCUUACCGACAAAGAAGUACGCAGAUGUGAUCAUCCCCCGAGGCGUUGACAACAUGGUUGCUAUAAACCUUAUAGUGCAGCACAUUCAAGACAUCCUAAACGGAGAUAUCUGCAAGUGGCAGCGAGGGGCGGUGAACGGACACGGUCGGACCUACAAGCGCCCAUUCCCUGAGCAAACGGAGAGCAGCAGCGUGCUAGCGGCCAGCAAACGCUCCCACCUGGAGUCCAGCAGCCGGCCGCACUAACCUGCCAGCAUCUCGGGGAGUGGCCUCUGGGCCAGACCACCGCUGAGGACAACUUUGGGGAAGGACUUCAACAGAACGGUUGGUGAAGUGCCCUUUGAGUCAUACUAGCAGCGGAGGGGAUGCUGGUGUGAAACUUCUCACAGAGGGGAGGGGAAGGAGUUGGCCUGCUGCCCUCUCCCCUCCAAACCCCCUCCCUGCUCUCCCUGCCAUGUCUGGAGUUAUUACAUCACUUGAUGAAGUGGUUAAGGCAGUGCUACUUGCCUUUUUUUCAUUUUCAAAAUGGGAUCUAAUGCCGAAGUCUCCCCUGAAAAUUAAACGCCACCAGGUGAUUAGCAGGAUACACCCCCUUUCCCCAGUGAUGAUUUUCCUUUGCAGGAAAAUUACCUGUGAAAAAACCUGGAAAAUGUCCAAAAGGAGAACCAGUCUCUCUGUCCAAGACUAGCUCGCACCCUGUUAAUUUUAACAAGCAGGUGCAGUCCUUACUUUUCUCCACCUUGUUGGCACCUCGAGUGCUGGCAGUGCUCUCCUGCUGGCCAUCCUUUCUAGCCUGUAGCAGCACGUGGGGGCAGGAAUCUCUCCCGAGACAGAGAGGAGACAGGGAUGUCUGUGACAAAUGGGAACUUGCAGUUCAUCAGGGAACAGGCUCAGGAAGUUGUGUGAUUUGGGCUCCUAACUUGUUCCUUUCCAAGCUCUCGAACCUUGCUACGCUGUAUGAUUAUUUUUUUGUACCCAAAUAAGUCUCCUUUACCACAGUGACUGAAUGUGUGAGCUCCAGCUGGAUUGAGUUGCUCAUGGAAAGAGAAACCUGACCUUGUCAGUAUUAGUGGCUUUUAGGGCAUUUCUGUCCUGCUGGUUGCAGAUUCUGCUGGGCGGGAUCUGUCCGCUUCCAGAGCUGGGUGGUAAGACCAGCAAGGGGGAAAGCUGUGAAUCGGGAGACCCUCCUGAUGGCACAAACGGCUGUCUGGGUGUGCUUCUACCCUCAGACAGGGUCACAGCGUUCCCCUUGCACUUGGGCAGUUUAAACUCAAGAAUGUCUGGCUUUCUAAAAAGAGCAGAUCAGAGGCUGGAAGUAUAAACAGUGACAUCCCAGUUUACUCCAGAUAAGUGAUACUGCAGCAACAUGAAGCUUCUAGAAAAAAAAUUCUGAAAUGAAGUGCCAGUUGGGUCUUUGAGAAUGUCCUUGUGAUAACCUUCUUGAGUCUGGACUCUACGGUCUGUUUUAAGAAUGAGGGUGGGUGGGGAAAUACUAUUAAGAGGAACUUUUUCAUAUUUGCCAGUUUUCUCAAACCAGGGUCGGGCUGUGAUGGUUGUGGGUAUGUUACUUUGGCUAAUAAACUAAUGAACAAACA